AUGUGCGACAUCCUGCACGUGCUCCCGGACUUCCAGUCGGUGUCUUAUGGCCACAUACUCCCCUCCCUAGACAAGGCUUCCAUAUCGACUAUCGACUUGAUCAGUGUGCCGUCCCACGACAUCGCCAAGCGUGCACAGGUGCCGCCCGCCGAGGUUGCGAAGCUCUCAGAUGCUGUUGUGCAGGCUAUACAGAUCGAUAUCGAGAAAACGAAAAGGUCGACACUAGAACUUGGAUUCUCAGAUGGAGAGCAACCUGAGCCCUGCAUAAGCACGCUAGAUGCCAACAUAGAUGCCUCCCUUGGAGGAGGACUCAGGCCUGGCCAUGUCAUCGAAAUUGCAGGCGAAAGUGGUGUAGGCAAGACCCAGUUCCUCCUGACAUUGCUUCUUUCUGUGCAGCUUCCCUCACCCCGAGGCUUGGAUGGAUGUGCGCUGUACAUCUCGACUGAGGCUGCGUUGUCCACCACGCGUCUGAAUCAGCUAUUGAAAAUGCAUCCGGUGUUGUCUACUCUUUCAGCGCCCCAGAAGCCUACUCUAGAUCGAGUCCUGAGCAUCCAAACUCCAGAUCUGGAGAGCCAGGAGCACAUCCUACGGUACCAAGUUCCUGUCGCCGUCCGAAGAAGAAGAGUCCGUCUCCUUGUCAUUGACUCGAUCGCAGCAAACUUUCGCGCGGAAUUCGAUCGGCCAAGUCAAGGCACGGCAGAAAAUGACGAAUCGCGAAUAUCUAGCCAAAGUGUACCACCGUCGGACAGACGCUCGCGUCGGUCUAUGGCUGAGCGGAGGCCACAGUUGGUGCAAAUCGGCGCUUUUCUCCGCAACCUAGCCAGCACUGAGAACAUUGCCAUUGUCGUCUCGAAUCAAAUAACCGAUCGCUUCUCAGCGACGAAUGUCUCAACAUUUUCACAUCCGCCUGCGUCCUCCGGAACAUCAAGUGCGACACCCGACUCGCUAACCUUGGAUAAACAGCAACGGUGGUUUACUGGCUGGGGGGAUCUUCCAGCACACAUACCAGGUCAUCUGAACCUGAAAACGCCUUGCCUCGGGCUAACGUGGACGAAUCAGAUCAGCGCUCGAAUUGCUCUCAUCAAAGAGACUCAGGUUCUUGGCGACCGAGAAAAGAGCAGGCGGUGGAUUCGAGUCGUCUUUGCGCCUUGGACCGCCCCCUCACUGGAACAGGGCGUGGAGUAUGACAUAACAGCAGGCGGAAUAGCGACUGUUAGCAAAGAAGCGUCGCGAACUGCUGAACUGAGGACUGACGGCAGUAAGCAUGAGUAG